GGUGGGUGUCUGCAGAUGGCACCUGUGAUAGUAGUAAGCAUUCCAGAUUUCAGUCAUCCAACCACUGCUGAAUUAGUGGUCAGACUAUGUUGUUUCAGUGACCUGCAAGUCCUUCUGUAAAACUUCAAAGGAAAAAAAAUCAACUUCAUAAAUGGUAUGUGUUUCAAAUCAUCCUGAAUUCCACUUACACUGCAUUACCUAGAUUUGCCACCAAGCAUACACUUAAGUCAUGGUGUCCAGGGAAAUCUCUGCUCUUUCCCAACUGUAUUUGUGUGAUGUGCCAUAUAUGUGUUUUGCAAACGUAUUUGCCACAUUUGCACCAUGUAAGCUUUACAUGUACAUCUAAAAAUAUUAGUGGAAAAUGAACCCAAGUGUAUAUGGGAUAGAUUGCCCCAUUAAAUACUAUUUGUCAUAUAGUUAAGUGGAAUUGCCAUACCACUGAAACUGGAUGCCUCAACUCUUGGGAGAGGACAGCUAUCAACAACUUAAGCACAUUGCUUGUGACCUUCCAAAAGUACCCGUUUAUCUGCUGUGGGAAAAAGAAUGCAGUAUUGCUUCCAAUCUAGUGAUGAAAGUCAUUAUUUAUUUAUUUGUUAUUUUUACAGUAUGCUUAAAAUUGUUCUACACCACUAAAAACAAUAAAAUUAAAUAAAUUGGGGGGGGGAAUCCAAAACAAAAAAUCAACAUAGCAGCAGGAUGUAAAACAAAUAAAAACAUGCAUUAUGCUCUAGAGUUCUUCAUUGCAAUUUCAGGUGUAUUGUCCUAUUGUCAACUUGAAAGUGAGAACUGAGACCUUAGUUAUCCACUGAAAAGUAUUUCUUUGGUACUUUUUGAGUAAAACUCUGCAAUAAACUGGAUUAUCCUAAUACUGUACUAGGCCAGCACUGGUGAAUGUUUCCUGAAACACGGUAUAGUGACCAGCUGAGUGGAUGUCCACUGAUGUAGAUCUGGAAGGGAAGGGGUUCUCUUCUUAUGUUAACCUUAUGGCUUGAAAAUCAGUGCUGCACAUCUCUUUUCUAGUUUGCUGUUUAGACCAGGUCCUGUAUUUCAACAUGGCUCAUUCUAUGCUAGUAUUGCCCUGUUGGGGAACUGGGGUGAUCCUGGAAAAGGAUGGAAAGGAGCAAUAUUUUCAACUCCUUUCACAUGGCCCAAGGCUUCUGAAACCACAAAAGAGAUGGUAAGGAGGAGUCAGGCUACAGAGAAUCCCAUGCUGUUGAGACUGUUGAAAAAGCUUUAGAAUUCAUACUACAUAUUAUCUUUAGGGGCAAAACUUCUUAAUGUAGGCAUGAUAAAUGUUGCAUGAGCUAUAUCGUACUUUAAGAACCCCUUAGCCAGUGGUGUUUGAGAAACUAGGUCACUAAGCAGCAGUCUUCUGAACUACUUAUUAUCUUCCAUUGAUUUAGACUGUGGGAAGCAACCUUGUACAACUUGAACCUAGUGAAUCCUGCCAGGACCUGUUUAGUUUCUGUUUUCAGCCUAGACUUGAGGAUCUGUUGCAUUUCAGCAGAGCAAGGAUGCAGCUCCCAGAUUUCCAGCUCUACAGAGUGGCAUUAGUUGCUAUCCAUACUAUGAGUUAAAUCUGUAUACAAUUUAUAUAAUAGAUUUUCAUUUUUUACCUUUUGGAGGCAGUGGGAAUGGGGUAGACUUGUCACGCUUCAUCAUUAGGAAGAGAAGCACAACAUUCCUAAAGUUUAACACUGAAUACUCCUGUUCACGCACCUUGACACACAAAUAUUUCCUGCAAAUGCAUAUAUGAGACCUAACUAAGUCAUAAUCACAGUAGAUUCAUUGAAAUCAAUAGAUUCAUUUAAUUUCAUUGAUUUCAGUGGGUAUAUUCUGAGUAUGGCUAAUGUUGACUCUCGUCCUCUGUAUCUUUGUGUUAUAUUCACAAUCCUUGCAAAAGAGAUGGAUGGAUCACGUGAAUGGAAAAUGAGUAUAUAGAGAGCUGAUCUUUCUUGACCUUGUAUGCACAGUGGGAAUGUAUGCAAGCCUGAGAAUUGUUCUUGUGCUCUGCUUCAUGUAGAGCAGUGGUAGCCAACGUGGUGCCCUCCAGAUGUUGCUGAACUACUACUCCCAUCAUCCCAUGACCAUUGUCCAUGCUGGCUGGAGCUGAUGGAAAUUGUAGUCCAAGAACAUCUAAGGGGCACCAUGUUGGCUACCCUUGAUGAGGAAAAGCUGUGUGAAUCAACCCUGAAAUCUUAAACUCAAGAGUACUUAAUAUGCCUAAAGGAUUGGUGCUUAUAGUGAAGCUGUUGUUUUUGUUGGAGAAACUACUAAUGCUGCAUUGAAAACAGUUUUGAAACUGAGUUUCAAAAGCAGCGUCCCAAAUCAGCCCUGUAGUCAUGAUAUUUCUAAAAAGUAAUACAGUGGUACCUCGGUUUAUGAACACAAUUGGUUCCGGAAGUCUGUUCAUAAACUGAAGUGUUCAUAAACUGAAGCGAACUUUCCCAUUGACGACUGGGCGUAUAAGACGACCCCCAACUUUUCCAGUUAAAAUAUAGAGUUUGGGAUAUACUCGCCGUAUUAAUAAAACGACCCGGCGUAUAAGACGACUCCCGACUUUUGAAAAGAUUUUCCUGGGUUAAAAAGUCGUCUUAUACGCAGGAAUAUACUGUACUUAAACUGAAGCCUUCAUAAACUGAAGCGAACUUUCCCAUGGAAAGUGGAUUAAUUCGUUCCAGACGGGUCCGCGGAGUACUCAACCUGAAGCGUACUUAACCCGAAGCAUGGGUGUAAUUGGUUCAGGAAGUCUGUUCAUAAACUGAAGCGUUCAUAAACUGAAGCAAACUUUCCCAUUGAAAGUAAUGGAAAGUGAAUCCGUUCCAGAGGGGUCCGCGGCGUUCGUAAACCGAAAAUUCGUAAACCAAGGUGUUCAUAAACCGAGGUUUCACUGUAUAAAAUCUGAGAAAUAGUGCUGUGGUGCUCUGCGUUUCAGUUUACUGUAUACAUUUUUCUCUCUGUUAACCUUGUUUCCCCCCUAGAUCACGUCUUCCAUAUUUAACAUGUUUUUUCCAUUGCUCUAUGCUUACCACUUAUCACAAUGCCUUAUCAGAAUGUGGUUCCAAACUGUCUGACCUCUAGAUAUUGUUACAAUGCAGCUGCUAAAUUCUAUUCAAAACAAAGUGCUGCAGCAAAAGUAAAUAUUAGGCAUAAUUGUGUGCAAACAAUUUUCUUGCCCUUGAAUAAGUUAUUUCCUGGAGGUCUUUUAUAAUCUGACUGUAUUAUGGUCACUAUUUCUCCAUGAAAUCUCAGACUAUGAUUUAUCAUAGCACUGGGAUGAAAAGUGUAUAUGAUAGAUUUAUGCAAUAGUAAUAUGUUUGGUAAGUAAUAAAGUGAUGUUUAGCAAUUGGUGAGCCUUGCUUUUUACCAAUAUUUUUGGGAAACAUGGAUUGCCGACUUGGGUAUAUAAGAUGCUAAAAGCAUAUUGGGCAGUUUUCUCUCACUGUGAAGUAAAAUGUUAGUCUGCUGCCUCUCAGAUGGUGCACUAUGCAUGCCCAGCAGUUUUUUUAUUCCAAUAUGCAGAAACCUGAAAAUGGGUUCCAAAUGCCACAUUAAAUUAAUAAUUUUUGACUGGUGUAGGUUGCCAAAUAGAUGCUUUUUUUUUGUGCUGCUGCAUCACACUGUUGACUCAUGUUAAGCUUGUAGUCCACCAAGACCCCUAGUUCCUUUUCACAUGUACUGCUAGUAAGCCAGGUGUCUUCCAUCCUAUAUGUGUGCAUCUGGUUUUUCCUGCCUAAGUGCAGGAAGUAUUUGGUUUGCUGUCUUUAGAAUUGAGAUGCAACUUUUAUGUGGAUGGGGUGGGGUGUGCAUUCUCUGUCUUGCAUUGGUAAAUGGAGAACUGGAAUGUGAACCUGAUGUGUGAUAUGGGAUGGUGCUUGGGGAACAUUUUGUGUGUGUGCGCUUUCCUUUGUAACUGGAGAGCCUUUCUGACUCCACCCACUGUGGCCCCUGGAAGAUGGCCAUCUUUGAAUUCAGCCCUUGGACCGAAAGAGUUUCCCCACCAUAUAUUUAGUCUCUGGUUUUUUCUUUGUUUUACUUCUUAUUCCAUAUCUUUACUUCUUAUUCACCCAACAUAGAUUUCUAAAGGCUUAUAGGUAUAAGACUUUGUGAUGGAAAUUACCACAUGUAUUCUAAUUAUGCAAAUUCAUCACUACAGUGUUGCACAGACCACGUUGGAAAGUAUUAUACUCACAACCUCUUUAUUUUAGGCUGCAGACUGGAUAUGCAGGUGUACAGUAUGGUAGCAUGUAACAUUUCUUAAUUUUUUUUAAAAAAAUAGCUUUUAUAUACAAAAUUGUUUUAUUUAUGAAAUUGUCAUUUUUAUAAUUCAAUUGCUUGGAAAUAUUUUAGAGAAAGUGAUUCAUAAAUGGUAAUAAAUACAGUAAACAUGUGGGGAACAGAGUUGUCAUGUGCCCAGGAGCAAUGGUCAGUCACUCUCUUAAGUUUCCUGUAGUAGGCACAGGUGUAUCUGGGCUUCUGCAUGUAUUAUGAAUCAGCUCUAAAUCACCAGUUUUUAAAGAUAAAAGAGAGAAUGGACCCAAGUCUGGAAGUUGUGACUUGUUUCUGACAAGUGACUAUUUGCAAGCUAGGCCCAGGCAGGGUAAGAAUUUGAACUGAGCAUUCUCUGUCCCCCUUUAAAACACAUUUUUAAAAGUAAUGGUGGUGGUUAGGUAAUUGAUUUGAUCUUCAGAAAUAUUGUGCUACAAUGGAAAAACAGCUAGAUGUGUGCUUUCUUUGCUAGAAAGCCAUAUUUCUGAAUCCUUUAUCGAUGCCUUUAUGGACGGAUUAGGACGAAAAGUCGUAAGUUCACAGUUACAAAAACAACUCUGCAGUAUAUAAAGGUUCAUUUUAGAACUGUAGGCUUUGAAAUAUAAAAAAAUGUUCCUGCAUGUUAACAUACGUUGGCUUAUUCCUCCACAGGGUGUGAUAGGUGUGCAGCUGGUGGUUACCAUGGUGAUGGCUAGUAUUAUACAGAAGAUCAUACCUCACUACUCUCUGGCGCGGUGGCUUCUCUGUAGUGGCAGCUUGCGAUGGUAUCUGCAUCCCACAGAAGAAGAAUUACGUAUUCUUGCUGGGAAGCAACAAAAAGGAAAAAGCAAGAAAGAUAGGAAAUAUAAUGGUCAUAUUGAAAACAAACCGCUAACCAUUCCUAAAGACAUUGAUCUUCAUCUGGAAACAAAGUCUAUUACUGAAAUAGAUGCAUUAACCUUGCAUUAUUUUCCUGAAUAUCAGUGGCUGGUGGACUUCACAGUUGCGGCUACAGUGGUAUAUUUGGUUACUGAAGCCUACUACUGCUGGGUGAAGCCCUCACAAGAAAUGAAUAUCAGUAUAGUCUGGUGUCUGCUUGUUCUGGCUUUUGCAAUCAAAAUAUUGUUUUCAUUAACUACACACUACUUCAAAGUAGAAGAGGGAGGUGAGCGAUCCGUCUGCGUAACCUUUGGCUUCUUUUUCUUUGUCAAAGCCAUGACCAUUCUGAUAGUAACAGACAAUUAUCUAGAAUUUGGACUCGAAUCAGGCUUCUCAAAUUUUUCAGAAAGUGCUGUGCAGUUUUUUGAAAAGCAAGGCUUGGAAUCCCAGGGUCCUGUUUCUAAAAUAACCUUCAAAUUCGUCUUGGCUAUCCUUUGUUCGUUUAUUGGUGCUUUUUUGACAUUCCCUGGAUUGAGAUUGGCUCAGAUGCAUCUGGAUGCUUUGAGUUUAUCAACUGAAAAAAUCACCCAAACUCUGCUGCAUAUAAACUUCCUGGCACCCCUCCUGAUGGUCUUAUUGUGGGUAAAACCCAUUACUAAGGACUAUAUAAUGAAUCCCCCAUUGGGAAAAGAGAAUGUGCCUUUAAUGUCAGAAGCAACUUUUGAUACUCUCAGGUUGUGGAUUAUAAUUCUCCUGUGUGCUUUGAGGUUAGCCAUGAUGCGUAGUCAUCUCCAAGCCUAUCUUAAUUUAGCACAGAAAUGUGUGGAUCAAAUGAAAAAGGAAGUUGGCAGAAUAAGUACAGUUGAACUACAGAAAAUGGUGGCCAGAGUGUUUUAUUACCUUUGUAUAAUUGCACUUCAGUAUGUGGCGCCUCUGGUUAUGCUGCUUCACAUGACUCUGCUGCUGAAAACUUUAGGUAACUAUUCCUGGGGUAUUUAUCCAGAAGCUACUUCAGAUUUACCAGUGGAGAGCAAUUCAGUAAACUCUGAAUCUUCAUCUGAUGAUGGAAAGGUGAAGGUAACUGUAAUACAGCUAACAAUGGCACUGGCUAGCCUGAAGAACAUUUUCACUCCACUCCUAUUCAGAGGACUUCUGUCCUUUCUCACUUGGUGGAUUGCUGCUUGUCUCUUUUCCACAAGCCUUUUUGGGCUGUUCUAUCAUCAAUACCUAACAGUGGCAUGACCUAACAAGUUCAAAGCUAGGAAACCCAUGUGCCCAAAGGAGACUGAAGAAAAAAUGGAAGAAAUAACACGGCAAAGUCUUUUUCAUAAAUGCUUUCUCCAUGUUCCAGGCAAUUGUUGGGUAAUGUUGGAAAUUGCAAAUGAGUUUGUAACUUUGUUACCUAAAGUUGUAGGUAACUGCUGAAUUGUUUUUGGACUGCUUUGAAAUAUGUCAGAAGUACCUUCUGUUUUGGUGAACUUCGUGCUGCCCUGAAAACACUGUGUUAUUCAGUCAUUGAUUGGCUGAUCUUAGUGGUGUUAAGGUACUAGGGUUAAUAGUCACUGCAUAGAAGAUGGAACGUUCAACUGAGCCAUAUAAGGGGGUUGGAGAAGUUAUCCUGUUGGCAAAAAACAUGGGUGGUUUUUCUACUGAAGAGCAAAGUAAUCCAACAGGACAAAGAAAUACUGUAUAUUACAGUAAAGGAAGCUGUUUCAAAAGAGUUUAUUGUAAAUAAAAUGCAUGGACUCAGCAAGCAUUUGUGCUAAAGGACUUGUUUACAUAUUACAGUAAGGGUAUUGUAUUGCAAUAUUGUGUCACUUGGUUACUUAAUGUAUGAAUGUUCAGGAGUGUGCAGUUGUCAGACUUUAAAAGCAUUUCACUCUUUGAGCACUCACAUACUUGAAACGCAUCUUUUAGUGGUUAUAAUGGAAGAGCAGUAAGUCGUAAGACUGCGAGACUAUGUGUACCUCACUCCUGCACAUUCAUGUAUUAGAACUAUGCAAAGUGGUAUAAUAUGCUGAGGCUUCCACAGCAUAUGUGAGGCACUGUAUCCUAUAAUGUAAUGUGUCAGGAAGUCCUAAAGAAUUUUCAUAUUGUAAAAGUAAAUAUAUUGUUUCAGUCUUAAUAGUCUUUUAAAAAAUAAUAAAUGGCCAUAUGACUCCUUGGA